AUGAACGUUAAUGAAGAAGACACGACAAGGAGAGACAUGUAUGCGCUUGUGAAAUGGUGUGCCGGGGUUGAUGAGGGGAAAUUUAGUAUUGUUCACAUUAAAUACAUACGAAAUUUUGAUCUGGAAAGUUUUGUAAACGGCGUGAUUACAUACGAAGACGAAUUUGCCGUCGAGUGGGGUGUGGGAAAACGACCAAAAGGUGGAUUCCCCAUUUAUAUGGCUACCGUUCAAUCAGUUGGAGACAUGAAUACUUUGGAGCGAAAGUUGGACAAACGUUCGAAGAAAGAUUCCGAAGACAACGCCAUUGUGGGAAAGAGAAUCCGUGUUGCCAAACGUCUGUGGGAGGAUGAGGAUGAGGAUGACCCCCCUACUGCCGUGGCCACAGUCAGUGGAACCAAAGCUGCCAUUCACAAUCAAGGGGCUGAAAUCCUAGAUUCCAUUUCCUUGGAAGAACAAGCAGAAAAUAGUGACAACGAGCUCUCACUUGUGCGUCAAGAAUUGCUAGAAAUAAAAAAAUUCAUCUUUACAGAGAUACCUCAGAUAAAAGAAAUGCUCAACAGAAGCUCCAUGCACCUCGGCAGUCCAGGGUCUCUCCCCAGCCCUUCAAACCCUGUUCAAAUAGAAGAAAUUGUCCCAGGUUCAGGUGUUUACGUAUCACGAAGUGUGUGGCGCUCUGCUUGCCAGGCAUCUAGUGGGACUUCAAUGGCAAGGAUUUUGCUGCUUGGGGUGUUUGACAUUGAAACGCUCAUCAAAAGUAAUUUGAGAGGAGGGGAAUCCAAGGUUUCAAAGGGGGGAGAUGGGGAGAAAAGAAGCGCCCUGGAUGAAAUAAAAGUGAAAGCUAUAAUGGAUGCUGUUAUGUCAAGACACUCAGUUUCGACUGGCCAGAUCGGAGCAGCCCUGAAUGGGAAGAUGGCAGAACUAAGACUGGCAAUGUCCAGGAAAAAUGUUCAUUAAAAAUGAGUGUUUCCCGAGUGAGUCAAAAAUCUGAAGUUGAAAUUAAAAAGUUUUUACUUGAAAAGUUUGUAUACUGAACAAAAUGCAUUAAAGUUUCUAUUUGAAAAGACCUGGAAUUGUGUGUUCUG